AAUGUGGAGUAUAACAUCUUCGAAGGCAUGGAGUGUCGUGGGUCUCCGUUAGUGGUCAUCAGCCAAGGAAAAAUUGUGCUGGAGGAUGGUAAUCUCCAUGUAACUGAAGGGUCUGGCCGAUACAUUCCUAGGAAACCUUUCCCUGACUUUGUUUACAAACGUAUCAAAGCAAGAAGCAGGCUGGCUGAAUUGAGGGGUGUCCCACGCGGUUUGUACGACGGCCCUGUUUGCGAAGUUUCGGUGACACCAAAAACGGUCACGCCAGCUUCCUCAGCCAAGACUUCCCCAGCGAAACAGCAGGCUCCACCUGUGAGGAAUUUGCAUCAGUCUGGAUUUAGCUUGUCGGGUGCGCAAAUCGACGAUAAUAUCCCACGGCGUACUACUCAGCGCAUAGUUGCACCCCCUGGUGGCCGCGCCAACAUCACCAGCUUGGGUUAAAAAACGACACCGGGGGAGCCAAAGUCCACUUAGAGAUGGCGGGAGAGGGUGGGGGCACUUGGAAAGACCUUUUUUAAAAUUCUUUUAGAGCCUGUGAUGGUUACUGCGGAGAAGCAGUGGAUGAGGCCAUAGUCUCUCUCUCUCUCUCGCUCUCUCUCUUUAUCUCUCCCUCCCCUCCCUCCUUUUCCUUUUAUUGUUAACUAUUUCCCACCCCGUCUCUUCACAAAACCUGCUCACUUCUCCUUUCUUCCACACUUGGGAACAGAUACUCCCCUCCCACCCACCCCUUU